AUGUUGAUCUUUAAGUGUGGAAUUGUAGUUUUGUCAUCAACCUAUAUUUUGUCGCUUUGCUUUCAAGUUGUGAAAGAGACAAACACUUUGGAUGUUGGCCUUGCUUUUUUGUAUAUUGCCAGUGGUGCAAUAGCUGGCAAAAUCGUCUAUGACAGAUAUCAGCAAGUGCAUAUUUUAGGCUCAUUAACCACAAACCCCAAUGUGACUAGCUUAGCGAAUAGACUCGCGACAUAUUCGGCCGCCUUCCUCUCCCUGAGCUUCCUGGUUUAUUUCUUCCUGUUUCUGUUUAAGGUUGACGCUCAUUGUACGACGGUAUUGAGUAUUUUUAUAUGCGGUUUUGGCACUUUAUACAUAUGGAUCCAGUGUAUUAUAACAACGUACGUGUCGACGUUGUACUACGACCAGCAUUUAGCACUGCUUCGGCAAUACCUUGCCAAUGUGAGCUUCCUAAUUGUAAUCAUUUUGGCGGUGUUUGGGAUCGUCACUACAUUUUUACCCAGUGGUGCCAGUGGUAUAUACAUCUGCUUCGUGAUAACAUCAUUGUGUAACUACACCCUGGCUGCGAUAUUCUGCGUUUUUAUACUAAGUUUCGAGAAGGAAUAUCAGUAUUUUGCGGAGGGAUUCCGCACCGACCCACUGAUUGAUGACGUCAGUUCGAUUAGCAACGAAUCUUUCUCAGAUGGAGAGAGCUUAUUCGGGGCCCAAGAAGUAUUUUCCAAUACAAUGGUUAUAAAGGGUACCAUCACGCAUGCUGCGAUGUCUUGACCCGAGGCCGUGCCUAAACUGGGCACGAACGUAAACCCCAAAGCGCCUAAUUCGCCUACCUACGGCAGCUUUGGCAAAACUAAUCUUAAAACUGAUGAACAAUGCAAAAAAUCCAGUGACAAAAAAGACACUGUAGAUAAUGACAGUGGUAUGUCAUCUGAAGAAACAGAUGAUUCUUUAAAAUACUACGAGAGUGCUACUAAUAAUAUAAGUAUAGAUAAGCAACCCGAAGUAAUAACCAAGUGCCUAACUAAUGAACCUCAAUGUGCACAGCACUGGAAUGAAAUUCCAUGUUGUUCCAAUAAUAAUGUAAGUGUGAAUGAAACUACCAGGUUGUUAGAUGAUCAAGGAGCUGGUAAAAUCCCAGAAUUUAUUGUGAUAGAUCUGACUUGUGAUGUACGUAAUGUGUCUGAAGCGAUCGAGGUUGAAAACAGUACAAAUAGUACUAAUGAUAAUUGUGAUAAUUUGAAUAUACCUAGUUUGGAGAGCCAAAGUUUAGUUCCUGUUAACAAC